GCGCGGACAGAGCCGGUGGAGGGGCCGGAGGUUGAGUUGUGUUAGGCUGCGGUCGGAGAGUGCGUUAGCGGGGGGUCAGGGAGCGCGACGACGGCGGCGGCUACGCUAGCGGGAGGGCCGGGCUACGGGAUAAGGUGGUGGAGAAGCGAGAGGUCGGAGAGGAAAGGCCUGGCUGUGAAAUCCAGGGGGCAGUCGGGGCCUGGAUGCCCGUGAGCAGCUGCCGGGGCUUUAGCAGCGCCGCGCCAGCGUAGGGGAGGUAGCGGCGAGCGAUCCGAGGCUGGCCGCGAUGUUGUGCUACGUGACCAGGCCCGACUCCGUAGUGAUGGAGGUGGAAGUCGAUCCCAAAGCCAACGGCGAGGACUGCCUGAAGCAGGUUUGUCACAGACUCGGGAUUAUAGAGGACGAUUAUUUGGGGCUGCAGUACUCCGCGAACAAAGGGGAAACCCUCUGGCUCAACCUGAGAAACAGGAUUUCCCAACAAAUCGAAGGGAUGCCACCUUAUAAAUUUAAACUGCGAGUUAAAUUUUUUGUCGAACCUCAUCUCUUGCUGCAGGAACAAACUAGGCAUCAAUUCUUUAUGCACGUACAAGAUGACCUCCUAGGGGGGCGCUUACAGUGUUCACCAGAGCAAGCUGUGACACUGAGUGCUCUUCUGGCACAAGUGGAAUUUGGAGACUACAACCAAAACACUGCCAAGUAUUCUUAUGAAGAUCUCUGUGCGAAUGACUUGACCACUACCAUUUUAAACAGUAUUGUUGCCAAGCACAAGGGUUUGGAAGGAAUGAGUCGAUGUACAGCGGAAUAUCAAGUUCUACAGAUUGCAUGUACGUUAGAGCACUAUGGUGUGGAGUGGCAUCCUGUAAAAGAUGGAGAUGGACAAAAGAUGGUAAUUGGUGUGGGGCCAAAUGAUAUAUCUGUCUGCAAAGAAGACUUAACUCUAAUUAACAGGAUUUCAUAUCCAGUUAUCCAGAUGGCAACCCAAUCUGGGAAAAAUGUUUACCUAACCAUCACCAAGGAUUUGGGCAGUGUCGUGUUAAUGCUGAAACUGAUCAGCACCAGAGCAGCAAGUGCCCUUUACCGUGCAAUAACUGAAACCCAUGCGUUUUAUAGGUGUGACACUGUCACAAACGCUGUCAUGAUGCAGUAUAGUAGAGAUUUCAAGGGCCAUCUUGCCUCUUUAUUUCUCAAUGAAAACAUCAAUCUUGGCAAGAAAUAUGUUUUUGACAUCAAACGCACGUCCAAGGAGGUUUACGACCAUACGCGAAGGGCUUUAUAUAAUGCUGGCAUUGUAGACUUUGUUCCAAGCAGUGAUCAAGAUGGCCAGAAUUCUCCACUUAAGUCUUCAGACCUUGAACUGAACUGUAAUAAUUGUGAAGGACUAAGCUGUCAGCAAAGCCAGAUUCUCCAAGAGAAGCUUAGAAAGCUAAAAGAAGCACUAUUGUGCAUGGUCUGUUGUGGUGAAGAGAUUAAUACAGCCUUCUGUCCCUGUGGGCACAUGGUUUGCUGUGAUACUUGUGCUAGUCAACUGCAGGCUUGUCCAGUUUGUCGUUCUGAAAUUGAUCAUGUUCAACAUGUGUUCCUGCCCACGUGUGCCAGUCUACUCAACCUCACUGUAAUUUGAACAAAUUUGGAGACUGUUCAGCACCUUUGAUUUUGAAGCUAACACUACAGAAGAAGACAUAAAACGCUCCCAAGUUUCUCCAGUGCAAAUAUAACAGCUUGUUUGUGUUUGCAUUUCCUGGCGUUUUGGAAGUUUGUCAAGGCUCGCAGAAAAAUGAUCCAAGGGACUGGAACUUCUGUCACAGAUGGUAUUAACAGACUAGCCACCUUUAAAACCCUUGCAUUGCAAUUGCUUUUCUUUGUUCAGUUGACCUGAUGCUGCUGCAGUAGUGGCAUGUAAUUUGAAGAUUUUGUAACAAGGACACUGCCUGGUCAGUUCUUUAUUUGGUGGAUACCCAUCCAUGACAUUAGAGCUUUUAUUGUGUUGAUCUUUUUUUAAGAUUUUAACUUUUUUGGUUUGUAGUUCAAGUGUAAUAGCUCAAUUUAGCAACAUUGGUGCAAUGGAGCAGAAUCCUUUGGAGUGUAUAAUAGCUUUAUUCAUCUUUCUAAAGUCAAUUGCAAGGUGAAAAACGUAUUUAAACAUUUAGAUGAUUCUGAUCUUGGGUGUCUACAACAGAAAAGGUCCUUUUAAUUCUAAAAUAUGCAAUUGCAGUGGUUAUACAUUUGUAGCUGUGACAAAUUUCAAAUAUGAAAGCAAGUGUAGAAUUGUUCUGGUUUGAUUACUGGAUAUUUAUACCUCGAGUGUAUGGUCAGUAGAAUCUUUACAGAUGCAAAGACUUGCUAAAUGACCAAUUUGUGUGCAAUUCUAGCUGCUUUAAAGCUAAGCAUAAAAAUGUCACUUUAUUAAGGAAUUCCAAAUGUAUUGUUCAUAGGGUUGCCUUAAUGUAGCAGCAAUGAGAGACACCAUCUGUUUAUGUACAGAUCAGGUUCUUUGCACAGAUGUUUUGACUUUAAAAUUAUAUCAUUGACUGUCAUGUUAGCACAUUCCCUCUUCAAAGGGGCAUCUAUUUUUUCACUUUGUAUAAAUUAGAUUUAUUUCCAUUUGAAACAAAACAUUGUCUAAGCUAGAUUUAACUCCUUUUAUAUUCCUUUUAAAAUGUA